AUGAACUUGAACCGCCUGACGCCGGCGCAGAACGGGGCGAUGCGGCCGCCCUCGGGGCAGGCGCAGGGGCUGGCGCGGUACGGCUCCGCGCCGGGCUCGCUCCUGGCCGCCAUCGCCGAGUCCGUGACCCGCGGCGACCCCGCGCCGCCGCCCGUGAGCCGGUUCUACUCCGCCGAGUCCUCGGGGCUCACCUCCUGCGAGUCCAGCUGCCGCACCGACGGCGGCGGACGGCCGCCUCCCCUCGAGCGUGCGUACGGCGGCUCCGGCGAGAUCCGCGUGCCUCCGCCGCCGCCGCAGCAGCAGCAACAGCAUCAGAAGCACCCGCUGGCGGCGGCCCCGGCGGCCUCCCCGCUGUUCCGCCACAGCAGCUCCCCCGCCGGGCUGCUCUCCCGCCUCAUGGGCGACCCGCACGGAAUGGCCGCGACCGGAGGGAUGGGGAGCUACUCGCAGGCGGGCACCGACGCCGCGAUGGCUCACGGCCACCGGCAGCUCAGCUCGCAGUGGAGCUUCUCCAGGCAGGACCUGCCGCAGAUCUCCGAGAUGGGGAUGAUACCCGACAUCGGGGAGAGCAUCGUCGCCGGCGGAUGCAACAGCUCCAGCGACGGCGGCGGCGGCGGCGCGCAGGCGCAGCCCUCCUCCUACCUCUCCAUGAACUUCUCCGUCAGCUCCUGGGACGACACCAACUCCAUCAUGUUCUCGUCCCCCAGCAAGAAGCCCAAGGAAGACCCCGCCGAUGACAUGGUCACUAGCUUCAGCAACAUCGACUCGCAGUUCGGCUUGUCCAACUCGUCCUUGGAGCUGCCCGGCAUGGACGACUACCUGCAGCUGCAGCAGGACUCCGUCGCCUGCAGAGUCCGUGCUAAGCGUGGCUGCGCAACUCACCCGCGGAGCAUUGCUGAGAGGGAAAGAAGAACAAAGAUUAGCAAGAGGCUGAAGAAGCUGCUAGAUCUUGUGCCCAACAUGGACAAGCAAACAAAUACGUCGGACAUGUUGGAUCUUGCUGUAGAUUACAUCAAAGAGCUCAAGGACCAAGUUGAGGUACGCAUCGCUUGA